AUGAGAAAAAUCAAUACAGAGGCAGCAAGGUGGACACAGGAUUCUGGAACAAGUGCGGAAAAGGACAAUAAGUUCAGCAACAAGCAGCAGAAGUUACUGAAGCAGCUGAAAUUUGCAGAAUGCCUAGAAAAAAAGGUGGAUAUGAGCAAAGCAAAUUUGGAGGUUAUAAAGCCUUGGGUAACAAAACGAGUAACAGAAACCCUUGUGUUUGAGGAUGAUGUUUCGACGGAAGACGUGGAGAUGCUGGAAGACGUGGAGAUGCUGGAAGACGUGGCGAUGCUGGAAGACAUGGAGAUGUUGGAAGACGCCGAGAUGCUGGAAGACAAGCAGAUGCUGGAAGCCCUGGAGAUGCUGGAAGCCCUGGAGAUGUAGGAAGACAAGGAUUUUCUGGAAGACGUGGCUUACUUGGAAGACAUGGAUUUUCAGGAAGACGUAAAUUUGUUGGAAGACAUGGGUAGGCUGGAAGACAUGAAUCUGAUGGAAGACACAGCUUUGUUGGAAGACAAGGAUUUGCUGGAAGAUGUGGAUUUGCUGGAAGCCAUGGAUUUGAUGGAAGACUUGGAUUUUCUGGAAGACCUGGAGGUCAUUGGAAGACGUGGAUUUCCUGGAAGACAUGGCUUUUCUGGAAGACGUAGAUUUUCAGGAAGACCCGAGUUGUCUGGAAGACCUGGAUUGUUUGGAAGACGUAGAUUUGCUGGAAGACAUGGAGGUUACUGGAAGACAUGGAUUUUCUUCUGGAAGACGUGGAUCUCUAGGAAGACGUAUAUUUGUUGGAAGACCUGGAUUUAGUGGAAGACAUACAUUUUCUGGAAGACGUGACUCUAUUGGAAGACCUGGAUUUAUUUAGUGGAAGACAUAAAUUUUGUUGGGAAGACAUCGAUUGACUGGAAGACUGGAUUUGGUGGAAGACAUGGAUUGGUUGGAAGUUCUGGAUUUUUCUGGAAGACAUGGACUGAGUGGAAGACUUGGAUUUCUUUCUGGAAGACGCUGAUUGACUGGAAGAUCUGGAUUUUCCGGAAGACAUAAGUUAGCUGGAAGACUUGGAUUUAG